AUGGAAACAACAAAUGGACAUCUACUCGUAGCAUCGAUUUAUAUUCCACCAAAUGCACAACUCCAUCAUGAACUCUUCGAACAUAUAUACAACCUGAAUAACAAUUGUCUUAUACUCGGUGAUCUAAAUGCUGCUCUUCAGACCAUGGGAUCCAAAAGAACGAAUACUAAAGGUCACCAACUACAACAAGUACUCGAUGAAGGUUAUCUUCAAUGCAUAGAUAAUGAUUUAACCACAUAUACAAGAAACAAUUACGAAGAAAAAAUAGAUUGGAUUUUAGCGAGCCAACCUACUAUACUAUGUAUUAACAACAUCGAAACACAAGCACCUCUUGGACUAAAAGAAGAUCAUAAACCAUUAACUUUCAACUUGAACAUGGCUGCUGAUCCAAAACCUUUAUCACCUCGAGUAUCCUUCAAUUUUAUGGCAGCAGAUUGGCAAUUAUAUCGUAACAAAUUGAAUGUUCUUUUGAAUCAAUUGGAUAUGAAAAAAACAAUUACAACUGGUCAACAAAUUGAAAUGUAUGCAACAGCACUUACUGAUUGCAUAGCUGCUGCAACAAAAUCAUCGAUCCCACAAACAAAUACAACAUUGAAACAUUUUAAAAUUUCAAAAGUAACUAAAAAACUCAUCAAACGUAAACAUCAAGCUUACAGACGAUGGAGAAAAACAAAUAAUGAUAUUGACAAAAAUGAAUAUUAUAAUAGUAGAGCACUUUUAGCUAAUGCCUUACGAAAUGAUCGUACUGAAAGAUUUAAUCAAAUUAGGUCAUCAUUGUGUGCAAGCAAGAUGAACUCGUCCAGAAGUGAAACACCUCAAGGAUCACCAUUAUCACCGCUGUUAUAUAUAAUAUAUACCAGUGAUUCAAUGAAUGGUGUUGAUGAACAUACUGAACAUGGCCUUUUUGCUGAUGAUACUGCUUUAUGGACAACAUCCAACACCAUUACUAAUCUCAAACAUCACCUCCAAUCAUCUAGUAAAAAUCGAGCGGAUCUUCAUUUUUCACAGAGAAAAAUUUCUGUUCCGACUCAAUGGGAUACGGAUAUACCAGUGUCACUCCAAUUUUGA